CGUUUGUUGUUGUCUAUGGCAGACAAUGUAAGUUUAUUUUAUUGCUGUUGGUUGGAUUUUUGUGACUGAUACGAGAAAAUACAAUUAUUGUAAAAAAGUUAAAAACUGUCGAGAAUUUUGUCGUGAUUAUAAUCAAGAUUAUUGAAAAUAAACAAUAUGCCUAAAUUUCAUAAGGUGGACAUCAACAAAACAGAAUGGAUAGUGCCAGAACGAUACCAAUCUUUAACACCUGUAGGAUCAGGCGCCUACGGUCAAGUUUGGUAUCGCCGCUGUGGAUACGCUGCAUAAUAUGAAAGUUGCCAUCAAGAAGUUGGCGCGGCCCUUCCAAUCAGCGGUACAUGCGAAGCGAACGUACCGUGAGCUGCGCAUGUUGAAGCACAUGAAUCACGAGAAUGUUAUUGGGUUACUGGAUGUAUUCAGUCCCGAGAAGACAAUAGAGGAGUUCCAGCAGGUUUACCUAGUGACGCACCUGAUGGGUGCAGACUUAAAUAACAUCAUACGCACACAGAAACUGUCAGAUGACCAUGUACAGUUUCUUGUCUAUCAAAUCCUCCGUGGCUUGAAGUACAUCCACUCAGCCGGUAUUAUACACAGGGACCUAAAACCCUCAAAUAUUGCUGUAAACGAAGAUUGUGAGUUAAAAAUAUUAGAUUUUGGCCUGGCCCGGCCAACAGAAACUGAAAUGACUGGCUAUGUAGCCACAAGAUGGUAUAGAGCUCCUGAGAUAAUGCUCAAUUGGAUGCACUACAACCAAACAGUGGACAUUUGGUCAGUCGGCUGCAUCAUGGCAGAACUGUUGACUGGAAGAACCCUCUUCCCAGGCACAGACCAUAUUGAUCACCUGACCAGGAUUUUGUUCUUGUGCGGUAAUCCUGAACAAGAGACUAUUGAUAAGAUCAUUAGCGAAGAGGCCAGGAACUACAUCAUGAGCCUGCCGAGGCUGAACAAGCGCGACUUCCGCGAGGUGUUCCGCGGCGCCAACCCGCUCGCGAUCAACUUGCUCGAGCGCAUGCUGGAGCUCGACGCUGACAAACGAAUUACCGCGGAGGAGGCGCUGGCGCACGAGUACCUGUCGCAGUACGCGGACCCCACGGACGAGCCGGAGUCCUCGCCCUACGACGAGAGCUUCGAGGACAUGGACCUGCCUGUCGACAAGUGGAAGGAGUUAGUAUGGAAAGAGGUGGUAGAGUUCAAACCACACCCACAGCAUAUGAACACCGUGGUGGAAGUGAACCCUUUAUAAUCCGCACAACGGAAUCACAACCUAUCAAUAUCAAACUGGCACGUAAUUGUAAACUAGUCCAUGCAAAAAAUAAUAGAAACAGUACAGAUAUGUUUCAAGUAAGUCAGUGUGUCUAUUUUCUAGGUUACCUGUAGUCAAUAGUUCUAUUUACCUUUUAGACCAAUAACAUUGUAUACUGAAGUUUAUCCAUUGUGUACGGAAAAACAUUCAAAUAUAAGUAAUGCACUAAAAAGACGUUACAACUAUUUGAAUCAUCAGUUAAAACUCAAUAAAUUCCCUCUGUACUGUUCUUAUUAUGGCAAAAGAACUUAGUGGUAUGCUGGCAAGCUGCAAUGACUUAGUUUAGAAUGUAACAAUUGUUUUUGCCUUUUAAAAGCCGUUGGUCCGAAGACUAACAUCCAAUCAUUUAUGAUUUCCAGUAGGUUUUUACGAGGUAGCCUACGCAAUAAUCGAAGGCGUAGGUUUAUAAAACGCGAUAUCGUAAUAUUUUUAGAGAAGUGCAAUUAGUGAUAAACCGAAGAGAUACUGUUAUCUAGGAUGUAGGACGUAAUAUUCAGGCGUAUAUUUUUAUAAUUACAUGAUUUGCGUAUAGGUGAUGUCGAUUCAGUUAAGUGACCCGGAUUACAUAUUAUAUAGUUACGGAGUCACGUGGUCUAGCUAUAGUUCAUAUUAAUUGACCGAAGUAUAUUUAACAGUACAAUGUCGUAACUGUGAGCGAAUUUAAAUCGCAUUGCUGGACAAUGGGUUUUUAUAAAACGACAUUUAUUUUCUUGAUAACAUAUAACAUUCUUAACGCUUGUAUGAAAAUUAUAUUAAUGUUACGCCAAGUACUUUAUGUUUAUCAUUAAAAUCAGAUACACAUUAUUGUAUUAUUUUAUUUUGAUGUUAUGUUUUGAUAAAUCAUGAAUUUAAAAUAAUGAUAUGUUUCAUUUAGAACACUGUUAUCGGCUUGCGUUCAACAUUUUGAAGGUACUACUUGCUAUAUUCAUGUGUUUUUGUUGAUGGCCUAAAACUGUUCUAAGGAGGUCCAUAUGAUCUCAUCUUUAAAUUUUAUUGGUUAAAAUUAGAUUGACCUUGUUUUUAUUUACCCAGUUAUAUUUUACCCUUUAUUGUAUGCUUCAGGCAUUGGUGCUAUUACAUUAUUUCCAAAAUGACGUAAAUAACGUUUUACUGUAAUUUGUCAAUUAUAAAUUUUAAACAGGGGUUUGGACUUUUUUCAAAUUUGUUUAAAACUCUCAUCAAGUUUCUGUAGUAAUUAAAAUAGUAUGAAUUGAAUGUAGGCCUUGCAUAUCGUCCAUCUAGUAUGGCGUUCGUUUUAUUUGCUCAGGUUUUACGUGUGAGCUAUUGUGUGCAACUUUAUUAUUAUAGUCUUGAAUGUACUAUACUGUAUCUAAUUAUUUAUGAAGUUAGUAGCUUUGUCGUGUUCGCACGGUAGUUGCUAUUGACGAGUAGAGCAUUGGUAAUGGAAAAUUAUUAAUAAAACUAGAUUGGAAUAAGUUUAAGAUAACAACGAGCUGCCUUAUUCCUUGCAAUAUUUUGUCUUUGUGUGAUAUAGAAACUAGCGCUCCGAUGUCGGGAGAAAUAUGUUGAUUCAAUAUCACAGAUAAAAAACGGGUUACCCCCUACCGCUGCUAGGUAAUUAAGGCGGUAGUUCAUAUCUGAUGUGUACUGUACACACAUCAGAUACGAAAGUAAACCUCGCUCUGUAAUAUAUUUUUCUCUGAAAACUUACUAUGUUGUUUUAACAACAAAGUCUGGCGCGAUGUAGCAUUGGACGGAGCGUCGUGGAAAGAAAGAGGCCUGUCCAAUACUGGGACAUAAAUGACUUUUAAAUAAUAAUAAAAUUUGAUUGGAAGACGAACUCCUAUUUCAGAGCUAUAAGGUUUACUUUCGUAUUUGAAUCGUUUCCAACCUGUGUAAAUGGCUCUCACAUCUGCACCGAAUCUGCAGCUCGAUAAGGUGUCAUUUUAAAUUAGCCAUUUUGAACCUGUGAUCAUUUGAUUACAGAGGAGGCAUUUUGGUAUAGUGGACUUAAGGGUUAAAAUUUGAUACAAACGUGCAGCAUACGGAUUCGGUGUGCACGAGCUUUAAAAGUAUUGCAUAACGCAUGUACCAAUUUACCAAAAGCAAUAAUGUUUGUAAAUGUAAUAUUUUUAAUAGAUUAUAUUUAAUAUGGCCUUACUUAAACUCGUUUGUAAAUUGUUUUGAAGUCACGUAUUUUUCCGAGAUACUGCUUUACUUAUAUGGAGAAAGCACAAAGUACACCUCUAUUGCCAUUAUAUUUAGGUACACGCGUUACCAUUGCAUAAUGUGUAUUUAUAUUUGUUACCUAACACUGUAUUAUAAGUCCGUCGAUAUACAGAACUUGAUUACGUUACAAGUUUCGACUAAUGGUAGGUCUGGGUAGCUGGAUCCUAGUCUAUGGAUCAAAAGUGGAAGGAUGGAUUGACUUGAAUCCGUAACAUGAGUAAAGUCCCCCAGAUUCAGAUUCAGUGCCAUAUUCUUACGUGGUAUGGUCUCUUAAGUGAAUAUAAGUUCUGUAUAAUCGACGAAUUGUGAAUUAUAUUUUACGAAAAUGAAAAUACAAUUGAAACUGCAA